AUGCAGAACAACAUUUUGCGUGUGAUCUAUUUUUCCUCCUGUGUACUUUUGACGAGGGCGGCUUUCGAAAUCAACGUCAACGGGGUGUUGAGCGAGUGCGCCAAGAAGAAGACGACCGAAUCUUCCAUUUUCGAUUUCGGUGACGUGGAACCUUUGCAAAAAGAAGUAACGGAUUGCAAUAGAAAGAUUGUCCUCACGGUCAACUUGACAAAUUCUGAAAAGACACCCGAAGGUUUGGAGUAUGUGUUCAUUCCUAAGGUAUUGGACAACGGCACGCAAGUGAACCUACUCAACCCCAUUGUGUUGAGGAUUAAGCAGGAACAGGUGGCGCUUGCGUACCCCUUCAAAUACCUCAGCGCGGUGAAUGGCAGGGCGAGCGAGGUGGUCGUCAACUAUGAGAACCAGAAGAACUUCAGCGGCUGCGACGACACCAGUCCUAUCAACCCCACCUGCGGGAUCAAGCACGAGAAGGGAAUGGCAGUGCCCUACAGCGAGGGUUUUUGCUGUUUCUGCCCCGAGGAGCCAGUUCAAAAGAAGCAAGUGCGUGGGGGUCAAGAUUGCUCGCUGAAGUUGGACGAACCUGUUGACUUCGAAAAACAGACCUACAAGGCGAGCGCCCACUGUUUACAGUUCAGCGAUAUAUGGUUCACGGUGAGCGCCUUGGCGGAUCCGGUGAUCAUGCACGAUGUGUACUUGCAGGUGUACAACGAGCGCCACCUGACGAACGGCUCCUCGGUGUGGGUGGCCCUCACCCACGACGAAGAUUUCGCCCUCAGCACCAAAACCCCCUUCCAGAUGGACGCGAACAGCACGAUCUCUGCCAGAUAUAGGACCGCCAGUCCUCAGAACAGCACCGUCCUGAUAUCCGCGUCCAACAAUCGCCUUCUCAUCCCCCAACCGAUGCCCUCCGUCGAACUGAACAAACUGCCCCAAGUCAUCAAGAACGGAGCUCCCGAUUACCUCCUCCUGCCAAGGAACCUGAUCAACCCCGACGGCGCGGAGUGCGACGUGGCGGGAGUCUCUUACGUCGGAUUCGCCAAUCAGGAGCAGAGAUGUGAAAAGGAGGCUGGCACGUGCUUAAAGAAUCAACCUUUGGAUCUGUGGGAACAAGAUGACGAAAAGAGGAAAUCGGGGGAGAAAGGCAGAUACAUGCUGCACAAUUUCGGGACUCCUAGCAAGGAUCCGAUAAGUGUGAACAAGGAGACCAUGGAGCACUGGCUGCUCCUCGAGUACUAUUCGAAGCACACCACCACCAUCACCGUAGAACUGGCCGCAGACGAUAUUGUCCUUCUGACCGUAGGGAAGAACGCCCAGAUCUUGAAGGUGGUGAGCUCCAGCAUCCAGAGGACGAUCCAAUUCUACGUGUCGCUACUGAACGCGGGCCUGGUGCAGGCCGACUUUUCCGUGCGGGCCACGGACUGCGGGAUGGGGGUGCCCGAUGCGUCCAGCGUUGCCAUCCGUGUGCCCCCUCAACUUGAAGGACAGGUUGUCCUCGGCACCACUCAGGGUGGGAUGGAACUAUCGGAGCAGUUCACUUGCACUGUGGAAAUAAGCAGCUCCCUUUACGGUACCGUGGCAAAGCGCAAGGUGGUUGUGAAUCCUGGACAAAGAUGCGUCUGUUACAUGCACUGCAAGUGCGCGUGUUUGGACGCCAGCAGUCUGCACUGCGAUCCAAUGUCGAUGGAAGAAUUUCAUGCUGCCGGAUUCCGUGGUUCCCUACCAGUCCUGACCGCCGAGCCCCGUCCGGAGUCUUGGUUCCGGGAUCACCCCGUGCUCGCCACAGUCGCCAUUUUGCUCUACAUGCUGCUCCCCGGGUUCAUGAAGGGCUUGCUUGGUUUCGCCGGAUUCCGGCGGAUCGGUGACUUUGGCCUGUGGUCCUUCGUCCGAAGCCCCAAAAUGAUCCCCCAGUACCUCGAAGACGAGCUUAAAGAGCUGGAAGUGGAGUACGACCAGGAAGGAUACCCCAUACACCCGGACACGAAGGAACGUGUUCGUGUGAUCGGAGAGUGGCCCUUGUUGGGUCUGAACGUGAUCGUUCUGUUCCUGUGGACGGCCCUGAUGGCGAAGGGUUGUGUCACCAUGACUGCGAAGGCAACGGCGGAGAGAUAUCGAGUCUCCAAGCCGGGAAAGGAGUCUGGCUCUCAAGGGGGCAAGGACGAGGACGCUGAUUCUAGGUUAGAUAGUGAUGAGAUGUCUUCUCCGAGAUCUGGAGACUUCCAGUCGGAACCGAGUUCUAGAAACACACCACCACCACCACCGCCGCCGCCACCACAACCUGGGAUGAGGAAGGAACAAGUAGCGGGGAAGGAAGGCAGCCAACCCGGCGGCAGUGAUAAGAAUGGAGUCAAAGGAGUGAUGCGGAAAGAAGUCAAGGGAAUGGCACAAAAGGAAUCGAAGGGAGCGUUGCAGAAAGAAGUUAAAGGAGUGGUGCAGAAAGAAGUUAAGGGAGUGGCACAGAAGCCCUUCUUCCCCAUCCCACAGCAACCUUUCCUACAGCCCACACUCAGCGACAGCCUGUUAGAGACUUCAGAGCCCCCGGACCCCAUUGUGCCAGAAUCGAAGCAGGCCGCCCGGUGGCUGAAAGGGACCCACAGACUGCAAGCCUUCAAGUGA